GAAACGGGCGAUCGGCCCGGGUGACAUCCCGACGGGCGCGGAGAGGCACCGGGGCUGAGCUCGGAGCUCGGCGGGAGCCGAGGGGCGUCGUUGGUCUCCCUCCUUCCCUUUUUAUCCCCUGCCCGUUGGUCCGCCUGCUCUGGGACUACUUUUGUGUGUCCCUCCGCUCCGCUCUGCUGCUCUUCUCCUCCUGUUCUCUCUCUUUCUCCUUCCUUCUCUUCGGCUGCUCCUCCCGGAGAAAAGAAAAGCAAAGAAGAAGGAAAAGGGACGACUUUCCCCCCCCACCCCACCCCCUCACCCUGCCCCAGACAUCAUUUUCAAGCCUUUUAACACGGCUCUUCCGCCGCCGGGGCAUCUCUGCUGCUUCCUUUUAGCCUCGUUGAGGACUAGUCUCUUGAGCAGUUUCAAGCCUUUGGUGCAGCUCGGGGACUUUUUGAGGCGGGGGUGCAAGGGGGCUGCUUUUCCCAGCCUCUGAAAACAUCCCUGGCAAGCGGACAGUCUCUUUUCUGUCUUUGGCAGAGCCUCCUUCGAGGUUUCUCCCAUGAUUUGGAGGCUGUUUUUUUGGCUUUCAAAUUGAGGGUUGGGGGUUUUUUUGGGGGGUGGGAGGCUGUUUUGCUCUUGUCAGCCUCCAGCAGGGAGAAUUUGGGUCCCUGACUCAUUGGGGAAGGGGCUGCUCUGGUCAGUGGGCUGCUCUAAUCCAGACCCCGGCUUCUUUUUUUGGGGGGGGGGGGGGGGAGAGCCCACCCUAUAAUCUCCCCAAGGCUUGGAGCAUCUUUUCUGGGUGGCCAGGAUCUCCCUGCCUUCCCACCUUCCUCCUUUACCUGGCUGCUGACCCCUUCAUGCCAGAACUGGGACCCUCCUGCCCGACUUUUCGUACCCCACCUCUGAUCUCAAAGCAGCCCACCGUCGUCGCCUUGCUCGCCCCCAAAGUGGGACCCUGAUCCAAUUCGGCAGCUUCCUCGACGGGACAUCCAUCCUCAUCCUCAUCAUGUCUGUGGCAGGGUUGAAGAAGCAAUUCUACAAAGCCAGCCAGCUGGUCAGUGAGAAGGUCGGCGGGGCGGAAGGAACCAAGCUGGAUGAAGACUUCAAAGAAAUGGAGAAGAAAGUGGACCUUACCAGCAAGGCUGUGGCAGAAAUCUUGGCUAGAACCACGGAAUACCUGCAGCCUAACCCCGCCUCCCGGGCGAAACUGACCAUGCUGAACACGGUUUCCAAGAUCCGAGGGCAAGUGAAGAACCCAGGGUAUCCACAAUCCGAGGGCCUCCUGGGCGAGUCCAUGAUGCGAUACGGCAAGGAGCUGGGCGACGAUUCCAACUUUGGCGACGCCCUGCUGGACGCCGGCGAAUCUAUGAAGCGCCUGGCCGAAGUGAAGGAUUCUCUGGACAUCGAGGUCAAGCAGAACUUCAUCGAUCCCCUUCAGAAUUUGUGCGACAAGGACUUGAAAGAGAUCCAGCACCACCUGAAAAAGCUAGAAGGGCGACGUUUGGACUUCGACUACAAAAAGAAACGCCAAGGGAAAAUUCCUGACGAAGAAUUGCGACAAGCUUUGGAAAAGUUUGAGGAGUCCAAGGAAGUGGCCGAGACGAGCAUGCACAAUCUUCUCGAGACCGACAUCGAGCAAGUCAGCCAGCUUUCUGCUCUGGUGGAUGCACAACUCGACUACCACAAACAAGCCGUGCAGAUUCUGGACGAGUUGGCCGAGAAGCUGAAACGCAGGGUGCGAGAUGCUUCUUCACGCCCCAAGCGAGAAUAUAAACCGAAGCCCAGGGAAUCCUACGAAUUCGGAGAGACCUUGGAUCAGUCCAACGGCGGGUUUUCCUGCAACCCAGCGCCCAAAGUCUCCGCAGCUUCCUCUUCCUUCCGAUCCGAAAAACCAUCCCGGACCCCCAGCAGGAUAUUUUCCCCACACCUGGACCAGCCGUGCUGCAAGGCGCUGUACGACUUCGAGCCGGAGAACGACGGCGAGCUGGGCUUCAAAGAAGGCGAUAUCAUCACGCUGACCAACCAAAUCGACGAGAAUUGGUACGAGGGCAUGAUCCACGGCCAGUCGGGCUUCUUCCCUCUCAACUACGUGGAGGUCCUCGUUCCACUACCUCAGUGAAAAUGGCUGGCGGCCUUUCUCCGUGGUUCUUCCAUCCUCCUCCCUCCUCCUCCUCCUCCUCUUCCUCUUCCUCCCUUCCCGGCUGACCAACGCAACGCCCGGGGAUGGAGUUGUUCCUUCCUUACAUUCCAGGGAUGUACCUGACACUAAUUUUCCCCCCUUCGGGGUUGGGGGUGGGAAGCUAUUUUGGGGGGGGAGGGGGGGGAAGGGUGCCAAGGGCCGGUCCCGGAGGCGGUAGUCAAGCCGGGCGGCUAGACCCCUUUGGGGGUGUGACAGGAUGGGGGGGGCGUUCUAAGAAGCACAAAGAGGCCGUAAAACUGCUUCCGUUGGGUGUAAGGUGCUCCUCUUCUCCAUACUGGUUCAGCUGUGUCCUCCUCGUGGGUUUCGGAACAUCUCCAGGACCACCAAGGAAAAUGGUGGCUGGUGUAGAGAAUUGAGGUCAAUGGGGAUUGUGUGUUCUCUGUGUGUGUGUGUGUGUGUUUGUUUGUGCUAGCUCCAAGCCUUGCGUCACCUUUGAUAAGGAAACCCGCCGCCUGCCUUUCCACAGGAUGGGCUCCUCCACCGCCACCACCAGGGCCCUUCUCCUUGUCCAAGUUCUCCUUGAGCUUCUGCUGAAGCAGGUUGACCACCAAUGACCUUCCCACAUAGGUCUGACCACCACGCCCAGAAAUCACCAAUCGAUUUCCUGGAAUUGUCAGUCGAGUGUCCAAAAUGGUGGGUGAUCGGAAGGACUCGGAUCUGACGUUUCUUCAGUGUUUUGAGUCUCGAUGGCCCAACUUGGACCAUACUUUUUGGCGAACACCAACCUCUAUACAGUCCCUGGGUCGGGAAGAUCCGCCUUCCGACCACGGGACCAGAGACUUAUGGGAUGCCUGGGUCCAUAAUUGGGUUCCACAAGAUGCAAACUUAACGCACACCCCACCUCCUUCACGCACGUAGAGGAAGCCACCUCAAACCUUUCCACCACCCGCCGCCAUCUUGAAGGGCCCCGCAUUAGAUCCUCAGUGGGCGCAUCUGUUCUCUGCUUCCUGUCUUUUGAGCUGCUCAGGUUAACUCCCCAACGAAUCUGCCUACACUACAGACAAAAAACGACACACAAAAAAACCAGGAAGCACUUUGGGGGCCUGUCCCAGCUUCUGCCAAAGAAACUGGGGGCUUGUGGGUAACGGAGGGGCUGAGCCCCCACGGCAAAAACGGGCCUGCAUCCGUGGCUUGAAGAGAAAGCUGGGGCUGAUUUGGAGGCCUUGAAAUAGUGUUUUUCAACCGUGGCCACUUUAAGAGGGCUGGACUUCAAUUCCCAGAAUUCCCCAGCUAGGGAAUUCUGGGGAUUGUAGUCUACCUUUCUUAAAGGGGCCAAGCUUGAAAAACACUGCCUUAAAAAUUCAGGAUUAAACUGGGAGAUUAAACUUCCUUUCUCCCCGGGACCUACAUCCUACCGGAUUAUUUGGGGGGGGGGGGGAUAUAUUCCCAACUUUUUCACUCUCCUGGCAAUUAAAACGUGGUUUUUGUGCUUUCUCGCUGCGGGCAGCUGGGCUAAAUUCCACAGAGGCUAGUUUUUCUACGUUUCCUUCCAGAGGGUUGUGGCUGUGGGGUGAAUAGGGUGGGUUGCAAAAGCCGUGGCUCCCACCCACCAACCCAGUGGCUCCCCACAAUUUUUUCUAAAGGCACUUAAUUUGGGGGAGUGGGAGUCGUCCCCGGUCCUUUUCAUCCAGCCCCCCCCCCCCCCCCAUUUUUGAAAGGGUUGGUGGGUUUGCAGCUGUGAGGGAAGGGUUGUAUUUGAAUUUUCUCAUUUCCUGAUUAAACAAUGAAUGUCCCCCUGCCUCUCUUUCCCCCCAAAAAGAGCUUUUAUCCUUUGUAGAAAUUUGAACCCAGCUUACUAAGGGAUGGGCCAGUGUUGAAAGAGGAAUUUAAUGGGGGGCAGGUGGGUUGGGGGUUGCAGAGAAAUCAAUAAAACCAAUUCUUUAUAUGGGAUCAUUCUUCCUGGCUUCCCAGCAUGAUCAAUUCCAGCUAUCUUUCUUCUGCCUUCUCCACCCCGGGACCAGUUAACGUGGCUGCGUACAGUCCUGAACGUAUAAAUGGAUUUAUUUUGUGUUAAAAAUUAGCCUCUCCUCCAUGCUCAAGAGUGCGUCCAGCAGGGCUAAGGGUCUUGUUCAGGGGUCUCCAAGCUUGGGCCCUUGGAAGACUCGUGGACUUCAACUCCCAGAAUUCCCCAGCCAGCAUGGAGAGCUCAGUCCAUAAGCGGCACCAGCCUCUACAGUCCUGGGACAUGAAGAUCCCAUCGUCCGACCAUGGGGGCCAUAGACUUGUGGGGUGCCUGGACCCCUAAUUCAUCCUCCAGGAUGGAAAUCCUAGAGAGGGAUCUUCGUACUCCACCUCCUUCGCCCAAGCGGAGGAAGCCAUCUUGUCCUUCAAAUCAAACAUGGCUGCCUGAGGAAUUCUGGGAGUUGAAAUCCACGUGCCUUAAAACGGCCCAAGUUUGGAGAAGCCCGUUUUAACUGUUUAAAUUGCUUCUAUAUUUUUUUUAUUCCCUUCCCUCUUAACUCGGUGUAAUCUCCGUACAACUGCCUCCUCGUGCUGUUUUGUUUUUAUUUUCUCCUAUUUUUUUUUAAACCGGUCUUGUAAAUUCCUCUCUUCACAUUAUUCUCUGCCUUCUGUUAUCCCUCUGCCCAUCUGGACCACUUGAAGAAAACAAGAAAAAUAAAAUAUAUAUCUUAACACCGAACUGGGAGUGGGACAAGGGGGGAGAAAAAGAAUAAGCAUUUUGUAAAUAUCUAAUCCGUUUGAACGUCGUGGCUGCGUGCUGGCAUCUCUUCCUUCAGAUGGAAUGAAAACCGUCCUUUGUAUUUUCUUAGUCUGGACAAUUUUAUUGGGGGG